UUCAGAUCAACCUACCGUACAAGAGGCUCCUGAAACUGAUCUGAUCAAACAUCAACAUUUGUGAUGGAUUUCAGUGGGAAAUAUCAGCUGGAGUCACACGAGAACUUUGAAGCUUUCAUGAAGGCGAUUGGUCGGCCAGAUGAUGAGAUUGAGAAAGGUAAAGACAUCAAGAGCAUCUCCGACAUACAGCAGACUGGAAAUGACUUUAAUGUCACCGUGACGGCGGGAACUAAAGUGAUCAUGUACUCGUUUACUGUGGGUGAAGAGUGUGAACUGGAGACUUUCACUGGAGAAAAAGCCAAAACUGUAGUUCACAUGGAGGGGAAUAAACUGACAGUGUUUCUGAAGGGGAUUGAAUCUGUUACUGAGCUGAAUGAAGACAUCAUCAGUAAUACCAUGACCUUUGAUGGCAUCGUGUACAAGAGGACCAGCAAACGCAUCUCCUGAGGAUUGCAAACGAACCACAAAAUGCAUCUUAACUUGAAUCAAAACAAGACAAUCUGAUCUGUUGGAAAUGCUUUUAUUACAGGUAGUGAAAUCAGGCAGAUUCAGGAACAUCAUUU